AUGGCCUUACCCAUGCGCCUGGCCGGUGAGAUGGUGGUUCACCAAGGUGCCGCAUACCUUCGCCUGGCUCCGGAAGCUGCUGCGGCGGCUGCUCCACAAGGCCCGGCGGCUGCUCCGCAAGGCCCAGACCUUGACGCGACAAAGCCACCGACUCACGGCGACAUCAUGAGGAAUGUGAACAGCGAGUUCAUCGUUCUCCACAACACUCGCCGUGGCCUCACAUCGGACGAACACCGCAGUAACAUCACCACCGUCCAGCGAAGCUUGGGCCUGCCCGUGGGUGUUGUCAAGGGCGGCUGGAACAAAGAAGCGGAGCAUCGCUUGCUCGUGCUCUUGCGAAAAGCCAAGCGCAUCCGGAACAAAGUUCCAGCCCUCAUGGACGAGGACAACCCCAUCGAGGACGGCAACCCCCCUCCAGAGAACAACGAGCAGCAGAUGAAAGUGGAAAAUCAGAACAUGCCUACGUCAUCUUCCUCCUCAUCGUCGGACUCAGAGAGCUCCUCGGAAAAGGUUUCGCUCUCGGACUACGAGCGUGUCCAGAUGGCCCUGGAUGAAGCGGUGGCUGAGAACAAUGAGUACCGGGAGGACAUCUACAACAGGGACAUCAUCAUCAAGGAGUUGGAAGAAGAGCUGCGGGUGACCAAGCGCAAACUCGCAGAGUACGAGUCGGAGGAGGAUGACAGUGACACCGACUAG